CUGGUAGUAAAGACUAUAAUUUAGGGAUAUGAAGAUGCAACAUGAUCCUUCCACCUCAUAAUUGAGAUUCUCCCAGCACUUCGUCAUUGAGUAUCUACGUAUCAAUUUCGAUGCAUGUCCUGGAAUUCAUCUUUUCUUGAUCAUUUGGAGCAACUCUGCUGCUCAUCAAUCAUGCGUAUGCUGCAUGCUGCUUCUACUUCCGCCACUGCUUCUGCUGUGGCUACGCGCAGUACUACAACAACUAUGCGUGCGAGCACUACUCUCGACUGUUUGAACGAGAAUGCGACUGAAGCUUCAGGAAGAUACGUCACCGCACGGGCACGCGACCAAUAAGCCACGCAUCGAACGUGCUUUCGCUUGCCACAAUAAUCGAAUUCUGAUUGUCAGCUACAAUUACUGAGCAAACACCUUGCAACAUGAACAUCCAUGGACUCCCAACUACAACUACAGCUGAAACGCUUCGCAUGGUACUGAAACAUCUGGCAUCUACGGUGCUUUCUGAGUAGGUCACACUAAAUGUCACGAUGGCCAGAUCCUGAGAGCAAGUAGUACUAGAGAUAUACGACCUGCUGGCAUGAAGAUGCACCAUCACGAGGUCAUGGGCGGCCCGAACGGAUUCGGGCAUCAGGACAAGGUUAAGAUGAAAUUCAAAAACGUCACUAGUACUAGUAGUAGUAGAGUUGAAAAGGGCACUUCUUGCACUGGUGUUCAAAACGCAACUAGCAGUAGUAGUAGAGUAAAUACCUACUACAUCAUUCAUCAGGAUCAGGGCAGGAACAUUCAUCAAGGCUCCCAUUCUAACAAGGCCUCGAUGCUACAGUCUCUGUUUCAAAAAAACGUUGAACUAGCGAAGGAAGACGCUGAGGCGAAGGGCGCGAGCAUACGGCAAUUCUACGAUAAUCGACCCUACGAAUGGUUAUGAUGGGAUUAAGAAGUAGACAUAAAAAAGGGCAAAAGAAAUAUGUUUGUUCUUGAGUAGAGACAUUGUAGACAUAGAGAGAUAUUACUGUGUGAAUGAAGUUCCUGAAGACCGAAGGCGAAUUCAAAAAAAAAGUGGACGAAUGAAAAACUCAGAGAUGAUUUUUCCUGAUUUUUAGGUACAAUCACUUGAGACGAACGUAUUUGUUGUAGGUGACUAUGCAGCGUAGAAGAAGUUGCAGAGAUGUUGGGCGAUUCUCUAUUAGUUGUAAACAGUCUAAAGCAAGGUCCCAAGCUUCCGCUUCCGGGUAGAGGUGACAACGAGGUUCCGAUUCUGAUCGGAAAAAUACCAAGCCGCGACGAUCAUAUUAAUUUGCCACUGGUGAAGACGGUUAAGAACCCAAAUAAUUAUACUGCAAGAAGAGGAGGAGGACCACAGAAAAUGGACACGUUUCUUGGAGGUAGAGCAGACCAACAGACAUGGCUCUUACAUGACAAGAAAUUAUCCUGGGAUCAGAGGCAAAAGCUUGCAGCAAACAUUCUAGGAGAGCUCUCGCGGUCAGCCCACGAUCUCGAAGAACCUCCUAUAUCGUUAACCGACUUAGAAAACGCGCAACGGAUGAAUGUAGAAAGUGAGAGGAGAAGAAACCCGAAGAUCGUGUAUCCGGGAAUGGAUGACUUCUUUGACUGAUAAGAUACUAGAUGUGGUGUGCUGCUGCACUUCAUGUUAUUUCUGAUAUUUUCUCGUGGGUGACCACAGCAGGCUGAAAGAUGGAAGAUACUUACAAACAAACGUUUGCACACCCAAACUCAUGGAGAUGAAGUUUCUCAUCUACGAGCUCAUUUCGCAGCGAACGGAAAAAGCAUUUUUUUUGCAUGAAGAAAGACCUCCUUUCAUAGAAGGGUUUCGUGCAUAAGCAUAUAAACGGC